UUGUUCACCGACAAUAAUUGAGUCGUUAUUUCUUUAAAAGUGCUUUGUGAAAUCCUAAUUUGUGGUGCAACAGUUAAAACUUUACAAUGAAUAACGCCUCAAGGAUUCCCAAAACUACGCCAAUAACAGAAGAUUACGAUAUUUCUAAUACGGUCCUUGGCCUUGGAAUCAAUGGAAAGGUUUUGGAAUGCAAAUCUAAACGGACUGGUGCCAGAAGAGCUUUGAAGGUUCUCCACGACAGUGCUAAAGCCAGGAGAGAGGUGGAACUUCACUGGAGAGCCAGUGGCUGCAUUCACAUAGUAGAGAUCAUAGAUGUGUAUGAUAACACAUAUGGUGGCAAACGAUGUCUCCUGGUUGUGAUGGAGUGCAUGGACGGCGGGGAACUCUUCCAGAGGAUACAGGACAACAGGGAAGGUGCUUUCACUGAACGACAAGCCGCUGAGAUUAUGCAUUCCAUAUGUGUGGCGGUACGUCAUUUGCACGAUUCAAACAUAGCACACCGGGACAUCAAACCGGAGAACUUGUUGUACACGAGCAUGGAGCCGAACGCGGUUCUCAAACUGACAGACUUUGGUUUCGCUAAGGAAACUUUGACGCCCGCUGACACGUUGCAGACUCCGUGCUACACCCCGUAUUAUGUUGCCCCAGAGGUGCUUGGUCCGGAGAAAUAUGACAAAUCGUGUGACAUCUGGUCGCUGGGUGUUGUGAUGUACAUAUUGCUGUGUGGCUUUCCACCGUUCUACUCGAACCACGGCCUUGCCAUAUCGCCGGGUAUGAAGAAGCGUAUAAGAUUAGGUCAGUAUGACUUCCCAGAGCCGGAAUGGUCGAAUGUCUCGUCAGAAGCGAAGAAUCUUAUCAGAGGCAUGCUGUCUGUGGAUCCAGCGAAACGACUCACUAUUCAUCAAGUAAUGUCCAGUCCGUGGGUGAGACAGUACACGCAGGUACCACAAACGCCCCUCUACACUCACACUUUGUUGAGGGAGGGGGGGGACACGUGGGCCGAGGUUCAGGACGAGAUGACACGCUCGCUUGCCACCAUGCGAGUAGAUUACGAUCAGGUACAGAUUAAAGCUUUAGAACAGAGCAAUAAUUCUUUAUUAAACAAACGCAGAAACAAAGUGGGCGCUUGAAGAGACAAACAAAAAUAUACUUAAAAAUGUUAACUCUUAAGGUCGAUUAUAUUAAUCAAGGCAUUUUGGUUAGGCACGUAUGAGUAUAGAGACAUUGUUUGUCCCUGUCGUGUUAGUGAGGUGUAAAAGAGACUGUAUGUAUUUUGAAAACGAAAUUAUAUAUGCAUAUGAUUGCUAUUUAUCUGACGCGUUAUAUUUUUUUA